ACAGAGAGGGAGAGAGAGAGACAGAGAGGAGAGACAGAGAGAGACAGAGAAAGAGAGAGAGACGCUCACACUGAUAGAGACACACGCUGUGAAAGAGGCAGAAGCAACAGCUACAGCAACAGAGCCAACAUGCUCCCUCUCUCAUACACACACAAACACACACAUAGAGAACCAGACCCAUGCCAGGGGAGACGGUGAGCACACACCCACACUGAGGAGCACCUUCUCUGGGGAGUAGAUCUCACAGACCCCCCUCCACCUGGUUCUCUGGGACUUAUUUUUGAAUAACAAGGAGCUGAGAAAAAGGUGUUUGUCUGUUUGUUUGCAAAAUACACAAACCGGGAAGAGAGACAGAAGGAGAGAGCAAAGAAAAGAGGGAUGAGUGGCGUGUUUGGCACAGCUGCUGAUGCCAGGGGCUGAGGGAGAGAGGGAGGCUGACGAAGAGAGAGAGGAGGGAUCUGAAGACCUGAGGAUUGGAGGAGAGGAAGACUGGCACAUGAAGAGCUGAUCAAACUUAUGGACAGAGAGGAGAUAGGGACACCGGGAAACACACACACACACGGACACACACACACACACACACACACAACAAUGACGAGGGAACAAAGUCCACGCUUCAGUCCUGGGUGUGUAGUACACUGACCCUGCCUGUGAUAGGCUAGGAGUCAGACCAUGACCACCAGGGCCAUGAUUGGCUCCCUGGGCCCCAGUAUGUGGUCCCUGACCCCAUGGCGGUGGGUGAGUCUCUGGGGGCAGGCCCUGCUGCUGGUUACCAUUAUAUCCCUGCUGCCAGGUAGUUGCCAGGCAUGCCCCCCGCGGUGCGAGUGCUCGGCCCAGAUCCGGUCAGUCUCGUGCCAACGGCGGCGCCUCACCGGCAUCCCAGAGGGCAUCCCUACAGAAACCCGCCUCCUGGACCUCAGCCGGAACCGGCUCCGCUGGGUCGAAAUGGGCGACCUGGCACCGUACCCGCACCUUGAAGAAGUGGACUUGAGUGAGAAUCUCAUUGCCACGCUGGAGCCCAAUGCAUUCGCCAAUCUGCAGAGCCUGCGGGUUUUACAGCUGAGGGGGAACCAGCUGAAGCUGGUACCCAUGGGCGCCUUCGCCAAGCUGGGAAACCUGACCACGCUGGAUCUGAGUGAGAACAAGAUGGUGAUUCUGUUGGACUACACCUUCCAGGACCUGAGGAGUCUGAGACACCUGGAGGUGGGAGACAACGACCUGGUCUACAUUUCUCAUAAGGCCUUUUCUGGUCUUCUGGGGCUGGAGGACCUGACCAUCGAGCACUGCAACCUGACGUCCAUCUCUGGCCAGACACUGUCCUACCUACGCAGCCUGGUCACUCUGCGAUUAAGGCACCUCAGCAUUGCCGCCCUAGAAGACCACAACUUCCGCAUGCUUAACAACUUGCGGGGGCUGGAGAUCGAUAACUGGCCCUAUCUGGAGUACAUCUCCCCGCUCAGCUUCCAGGGUCUGGACCUGUCCUGGUUGUCCAUCACUAACAGCAACAUCACCUCCGUCCCCUCGUCCUCCUUCAGGAACCUGAUCCACCUCACUCACCUCAACCUGUCUUUCAACCCCAUUACUACUCUGGAGCCCUGGGCUUUCAGGGAGCUGCUGAGGCUCAAGGAGCUGAUCAUGGUGAACACGGGCCUAGCUACGGUGGAGCCCCACUCCCUGGGCGGCCUCAGACAGAUCCGCGUCCUCAACUUCUCCUCCAACGAACUCCAGACCCUGGAGGAGGGAUCGUUCCACUCUGUCAACAGUCUGGAGACGCUGCGGGUGGACGGGAACCCGCUGCUGUGUGACUGCCGUCUGUUGUGGAUCCUGCAGAGACGCAAGACCCUCAACUUUGACGGCAGGGUGCCCGUGUGCGCUGGGCCGGAGGAGGUGCAGGGGUAUAGCCUUAGCACCUUCACCGACUCAGCGCUCUUCGAUCACUUCACAUGCCAGAAGCCCAAGAUACGCAACCGCAAGCUUCAACAGGUGACGGCUCGCGAGGGCCAGCCAGUGAGUUUCCUCUGCAGUGCCGUGGGAGAGCCCGCCCCCAACAUCAUGUGGAUCUCCCCUCAGCGCCGAAUAAUCACAGCCAAGAGCAAUGGCCGCAUCACUGUCCUCCCAGGAGGGACGCUAGAGAUCCGCUAUGCCCAGGUCACCGACAGUGGCACCUACAUGUGCAUCGCCAGCAACGCCGGCGGCAACGACACCUACUUUGCCAUGCUCACCGUCCGGGGCGCGCCACUGGAUGCCGCGUCGGCUUUCUUCGCCAACCGCUCGCUGUAUGGUGGUGAGUUCUUCAACGACACAAACCUGAACAGCACGCGCGUCUUCCUCAAGUUCACCCUGGACCUGACCACCAUCCUUGUCUCCACGGCUAUGGGCUGCAUCACCUUCCUAGGCGUGGUGCUCUUCUGUUUCCUGUUGUUGUUCGCAUGGAGCAGGGGGCGGGGCCAGCGCAAGAAUAACUUCACAGUGGAGACCCCUUUCCGGAAGGCCGAGGGGCCUGCGGCCACGGGUAGUGCCGGAGGAGCCCGGAAAUUCAACAUGAAGAUGAUAUGAAACAACGCAGCCAAGGGCCAGACAGGGGAGGCAUAAGCAUGUCCCGGAAACGUGUUUGACAAAACACACAGCCCUGACUCGCAAUGAAAUUAAAUCCAGACAGUAUUCACACAUGGCAUGGCCAGAUUCGAUUUGAUGAUGACCUUGAUCUCACCAGCUCUUACUGGUUUUAUUCAGCUUGUGGUACAAAUAUGUAUUUAAAAUAAUUAUAAGAUCUUUCCAGUGAAUAAAUAUAACAUUGUCAUUGAGCUUGAUAAGAAUUAUAGAAGUUAAGAAUUUAGUGUGAUCUUUUACUGGGUGAUUACUGUGUUGUGAAAUGCUUGUAGUUAUGUCUCUCUCACAGGAAGUGACGUCACAGGAAGGGAAAAGGUCUUCCUGGAUGCUGUGUACUUGUAGUGGUCAUUGCACAGAGGGCAUGGAGAGACACGGUCAUCAACUUAUCACAGUAUUUGUAGUCUUGCUUUCUUAAAUUCUGCCUUUUUGAGAAAUAUUGCAAUAGCAUGUAAAUAUUGCAAUUUAAAGUAAGUUGUAUAGUAAUAAGAUUAUAGUAUUGAAUAAAAACAAGCCAUUUUUGUAAGACAUUUGGGAUAUGAUUUCCAUUGUCACAUUUAUAAGACAGCAUCAAGGCCACAGCUGAACUGAGGAAGGAUGUGCUGAGACACGGACUCCAGAAAGACAUUGAAUCCAAGUGAAAUUAAUACAGAAAAUUACUUCAAUCAUUUGACCCUUUCAAAUUCAUGACAAAAAAGAGCAGAAGAAACAUAAAAAAAAACAUGAAAAGAAAGUAUAUUCUGACCA